AUGGUUCUUGUAAUGGAGCUGAGACCGCGUGGCGAUGGUUCUUGCCCGCGUGUGCUCUCGGUUUCUCUGCUGCUCCUCCUUGCUGCCCUGCUGUGGAAGCACGUCUCUGCGGCGGCGGCGAUUACCAGGGGUGAUUUCCAGGAGGGCUUCGUCUUCGGCGCCGGCACAUCGGCUUACCAGGUUGAAGGCGCAUGGGCAGAGGACGGGAAGAAGCCCAGCAUCUGGGACACAUACACGCACAGUGAUGGGCGUGGAGCUGUGAACCCAAAGGGGUUGGAGUACUACAACAGCCUCAUAGACGAACUCCUCACAUAUGGAAUACAGCCUCACGUGACCUUCUAUCACUUCGACCUUCCCCAGGCUCUCCAGGAUGAAUACAACGGCCUGCUCAGUCCGAGAAUCAUCGACGAUUUCACCGCAUACGCAGACGUGUGCUUCAGGAGCUUCGGCGACAGGGUGAAGGGCUGGAGCACGGUGAACGAGCCCAACAUCGAGCCCCUCGGCGGCUACGACCAGGGCUACCUCCCGCCGCCCCGCUGCUCCUACCCAUUCGGACUCGGGGGCGUCCCCUGCACCCGUGGCAAUUCCACGACGGAGCCGUACGUCGUCGCCCACCACCUCCUGCUCGCCCAUGCGUCGGCUGUCUCCCUCUACAGGCGCAAGUACCAGGGUGAGCAAGGAGGACGGAUUGGGCUCACAUUGCUGGCCUGGUGGUAUGAGCCGGCCACACAGAAACCUGAGGAUGUACAAGCAGCUGCAAGAGCAAAUGACUUCACAAUUGGAUGGCAGGAGCCUCAGCUUGGGCUGCGGAACAAUGAGGCGCCAUGGGCUCUGAGCAAAGUGUUGGAACACCUGCGGAUUCAGUACGGGAACCCUCCGGUGAUGAUCCACGAGAACGGAGCUGGGCACGAUCCGGACCCGUACGGCGGCUUCCUGUACGACGACGGGUUCAGGGCCCAUUUCCUGCAGGUCUACAUCCAUGCGGCGCUCGGUUCCGUCAGGAAUGGAUCGGACGUGCGCGGCUACUUCGUGUGGUCCUUCAUGGACGUGUUCGAGUAUCUGUUCGCCUACAGGUUCCGCUUCGGCCUCUACGGUGUCGACUUCGCCGCCGAGGACCGGACGAUGUACGCUCGGACCUCCGCGCGAUGGUACGCCGGCUUCCUCCGCGGCGGCGGCGGCGACCUCACGCCGGCGCAGCCUCUGGGACACGGCUCCACCUAUUCGGAGUGA